GAUGCUGUGAAGUGAAAAAUGCAGUUCUCGGUGAUGAUCUGCGCACUGCGUGAGCUGCUGCACUGCUUUUAUUUUGAAGGGCUGUAACUCGAAGCCCUGGAGACCCUUCCGGCAGCCUGAGCAGGAAAAGUUGGAAGGAACAGGAAAGUCGCCGUUGGGUUUUCAGACGGACAGUGGAGCUGCUUUCUCUCCUUGUUGAUCUCCAAAUGGCUCCGACUAAUGUCCGAUAUCAGCUCUCUGCAGCAGCAGGGUGUAGCUCUCCGUUGGAGUUAGAGCUGCAAGGUUUGCUGCAGGAAAGGAUUAUGGUCCUAGAUGGCGGAAUGGGAACUAUGAUCCAACAAGAAAACCUGGAAGAGGAAGAUUUCAGAGGAGAAGAGUUUAAAGAUCACUCGUUACAUCUGAAGGGCAACAAUGACCUUCUCAGCAUCACACAGCCAGCCAUCAUUUACAAAAUACACAAGGAGUAUCUGCAGGCUGGUGCUGACAUCAUUGAGACCAACACAUUCAGCAGCACGUCUGUCGCCCAGGCAGAUUAUGGACUGGAACAUCUGGCCUAUCGUCUCAACAGGGCAUCAGCAGAGCUGGCCAGGAAAGCAGCCGAUGAUGUCACCAAGCAGUCUGGUUGUAAACGUUAUGUGGCUGGAGCGCUGGGUCCUACCAAUAAAACCCUCUCUGUGUCACCUUCUGUGGAGAAACCAGAUUUCAGGAACAUAACGUUUGAUGAGCUGGUGGAGGCCUACACAGAGCAGGCUCGAGGUUUAUUGGACGGAGGUGCAGACAUCCUCAUGGUUGAAACCAUCUUUGAUACUGCCAAUGCCAAGGCUGCUCUGUUUGCCAUCGACCUUCUCUUUGAGAAGACCUAUGAAAGAAAACCCAUAUUUAUCUCAGGAACGAUUGUUGACCGGAGUGGACGGACGCUGUCUGGUCAGACGGGAGAGGCCUUUGUAGUGAGUGUGUCCCAUGCAAAGCCACUGUGCAUCGGUCUGAACUGUGCUCUGGGGGCGACAGAAAUGAGGCCUUUUAUUGAGGCCAUUGGAAAAAGUACAACAGCUUUCAUCAUCUGUUAUCCCAAUGCAGGUCUUCCCAACACUUUUGGAGGAUAUGAUGAAACACCUCAAGUUACAGCCUCCAGUUUAAAGGAGUUUGCUAUGGAUGGACUCGUGAACAUUGUUGGAGGAUGCUGUGGGACCACUCCAUCACAUAUUAGAGCCAUAUCAGAAGCAGUUAAACAGUGCCAGCCAAGACUUCCUAAAGCUGAUAUACUUAAAGACUACUUGCUUCUCUCAGGUUUGGAGCCGUUUCGAAUUGGCCCGUACACCAACUUUGUGAACAUCGGUGAGCGCUGCAACGUGGCUGGGUCACGCAAGUUUGCCAAGCUGAUCAUGGCUGGGCAAUAUGAGGAAGCUCUGAGCAUUGCUAAGGCCCAGGUGGAGAUGGGAGCCCAGGUCCUGGAUAUAAACAUGGAUGAGGGGAUGCUGGAUGGGCCGACAGCUAUGGCUCGGUUUUGUAACUUCAUUGCCUCUGAGCCAGAUAUUGCUCGGGUUCCUUUGUGUAUUGACUCCUCAAACUUCUCAGUGAUUGAAGCUGGGCUGAAGUGCUGUCAGGGGAAGUGCAUCGUCAACAGCAUCAGCCUGAAGGAAGGAGAGCAGGAGUUCCUGCUCAGAGCAGCCACUGUAAAGCGCUAUGGAGCUGCUGUGGUGAUCAUGGCCUUUGAUGAGGAGGGACAGGCCACAGAUACAGAGUGCAAGGUGGACAUCUGCUCCCGGGCCUACAAGCUGCUGGUCAGCAAGGUUGGAUUUGAUCCUAAUGACAUCAUCUUUGACCCGAACAUCCUCACCAUUGGCACUGGCAUGGAGGAACACAGUGACUACGCCGUCAGCUUCAUCAGGGCCACCAAGCUUAUCAAGGAGACACUACCGGGAGCCAGAGUUAGUGGAGGUUUGUCCAACCUGUCCUUCUCCUUCAGAGGUAUGGAGGUCAUCAGAGAAGCUAUGCAUGGAGCAUUUCUCUAUCAUGCUAUCAAGGAUGGGAUGGAUAUGGGGAUUGUGAAUGCUGGAAACCUUCCUGUUUAUGAUGACAUUGAUAAGGAGCUGCUGUUACUGUGUGAGAACCUCAUCUGGAACAGAGAUGUGGAGGCUACAGAUAAACUGCUGGUCUAUGCACAGAAUAAAGGGAAAGGAGGGAAGAAGGUGAUUCAGACAGACGAAUGGAGAACAGCAUCGGUAGAAGGAAGGUUGGAAUAUGCUCUUAUCAAGGGAAUAGACAAACAUGUGGUGGAGGAUGUUGAGGAGUGCCGGGGUCAUGUAGAUCGCUACAAGCGACCUCUUCACAUCAUUGAGGGUCCCCUGAUGAAUGGCAUGAAGGUGGUGGGGGAUUUGUUCGGAGCUGGGAAGAUGUUUCUGCCACAGGUAAUUAAGUCGGCUCGUGUGAUGAAGAAGGCAGUUGGUUAUCUGAUUCCCUUCAUGGAGACGGAGAGAGAGGAGAUGAUGGCAGCAUCAGGAUCAGCUGAGGAGAUGGAUCCCUAUCAAGGCACCAUUGUUCUGGCUACAGUAAAAGGAGACGUCCACGAUAUUGGCAAGAACAUUGUAGGUGUGGUACUGGGUUGCAACAACUUCAGGGUGAUUGACCUAGGUGUGAUGGUUUCCUGUGAUCGAAUUCUCAGAGAGGCUGUAACACAUAAAGCUGAUAUCAUUGGCUUGUCGGGCCUCAUCACUCCCUCUUUGGAUGAGAUGAUCUAUGUGGCGAGAGAAAUGGAGCGACUUGGAAUGACAACACCUUUGCUGAUUGGAGGUGCCACCACAUCAAAGACACAUACAGCUGUGAAGAUUGCUCCAUGCUACAGUUCUCCUGUUGUCCAUGUCCUCGAUGCUUCCAGGAGUGUGGUAGUGUGCUCCCAGCUGCUAGAUGAAAAAGUGAGGGAGGAGUACUUGGAGGACGUGAAGGAGGACUAUCAGGAUGUCAGAGAAGAGCACUAUGACUCCCUGAAGGACCGUCGGUAUCUCUCUCUCUCUGAGGCCAGACAGAAGGCUUUACAUGUCGACUGGUUGUCUAUGCCUAGACCAGUGCACCCUCAGUUCUUGGGCACUCGAGUGUUUGAGUGUUACGAUUUAAACAGCCUGCUGGACUUCAUUGACUGGAAGCCGUUCUUCGACGUGUGGCAGCUCAGAGGGAAGUACCCCAACAGAGGAUACCCCAAGAUUUUCAAUGACAAGACUGUUGGUAAGGAAGCUCGCAGAGUUUUUGACGACGCCCAGUUAUUGCUCCAUCACGUGAUUGACAACCACAGUCUGAAGGGGCGGGGCCUGGUGGGCUUCUGGCGUGCUCAGAGUAUCGGUGACGACAUUAACGUGUACAAAGAGGAUGUCACAGUUCACAAAGACACAAAGCCCAUCGCCAUAUUUCAUGGCUUACGGCAGCAGGCGGAGAAGGACGGCACUGGCUCAGAACCCUUCCUGUGUGUUUCGGACUUUGUGGCUCCUGUAGACAGCGGCAUGGCUGACUACAUUGGGAUGUUUGCUGUAGGUGUGUUUGGAGCUGAGGAGCUCAGUCAGGAGUUCCAGACCCAGGGAGAUGAUUACAGCAGCAUCAUGGUCAAAGCUCUUGCUGAUCGCUUAGCUGAGGCCUUUGCUGAGGAGCUGCAUGCUCGUGUGCGUAAGGAGCUGUGGGGCUACAGCUCUGAGGAGGCUCUGCAGGCCUCAGACCUUCACAGAGUUCGGUACCAAGGCAUUCGACCUGCAGCCGGCUACCCCAGCCAGCCCGACCACACAGAGAAGCUCACCAUAUGGAGUCUGGCCGGUGUACGGGAGAAGACAGGUAUUGACCUGACCGAGUCCCUGGCCAUGACACCAGCCGCCUCAGUCUCAGGACUUUACUUCUCACACCCUCAGGCCUCAUACUUCGCUGUGGGAAAAAUCACCAAAGAGCAGGUCGAAGAUUAUGCCAGGAGGAAGGAGAUGAGUACAGAGGAAGUGGAGAAAUGGUUGGCUCCCAUCCUCGGCUAUGAACAGGAGCCGUAGCUUAGAACCAGGGCUAUGGUGGGAUCAUUCAAGGUGCUGUUACUGAGGCAGCUCCUUGCAGUCUGGGUCAGGCAUCAGCAACCCACAAUGACUCGGUGUUUGACUUUAAAUGGGAACAUUUCAUCUGGGUAACUUCUGUUCAGGACCAAUCUGCUGCAGUUCAGCUCAGAAAUCUGUUCUUUUAACUUCAGGAUCAGCAGAGAAUGUUUUAGAGCUUGUUUUAAAUUAGUUUUUAAAUUGAUCAUUUCAUAUUGGCCCUCUGUCAGUUUUAUUUCGCAUGUUAAUCUUUUUUAAAUCAACUGUUUUAUUGAAAAGAAAUGAACAGUGCCAUGGAGGCUGGAGUGUACUGUCAUGCAUCAUCAUGCAGCACCGAAUAUAGCUGUUUGUACAACAGAAAGCUCCUUAAAAAGCAUCAUGUAUCUAAUUUUUAGUCAUCCAGCUGUUUGGAGCAGAAAAUGGUUUGGAAGAUUUCUUUAUUUUUAUUAGUAUUCUGACAAAAUAAAGCUGCUAAUUCUGUUUGUAGACACUCUAAAGGUACACUUUGGGACUCCUGACAACAGGACAUUCCUACAGAAGUGGCCUUUGUUAUUAAUACCCCAAAUCAGUGUUGAGUAUUAUUGUCAGUUUUUGCAUUACAUUUUUUGACUUGAGAUAUUUCAGUGUUAAUUGGAUUAAGUAUUUCAAUGUUUUCCACUAAGCAUCUUGGAGUUAAGAACAAAUGUGAAACUUUUCCAGAUUUCUUAAAGAAUUUAUUAAAAAAUAUUUUUUACAAA